AAAAAGUACUCCAAGUUCCACAAUGCUGUGCGGGUUAUUUCCGGAAGUAAUUCAUCUCCAUUGGGUCAACGAAAGCGCGACGUAGUAACUUCCAGUUUUACAAUAAGUCGCAGCCAUGCCGCCUGGGCCUGUUCAAAUCGUUCAGCCGGAGGCUAACAACAAGAAUGAUUCAACAGCAGAAGAAACCCCAGCCACAAAACCUAUUGUUGGUAUCAUUUAUCCACCUCCCGAGGUCCGAAACAUUGUUGACAAGACAGCCAGCUUUGUUGCAAGGAACGGGCCUGAAUUUGAAGCAAGAAUUCGUCAGAACGAGAUCAACAAUCCAAAGUUUAACUUUCUCAACCCGAAUGACCCCUACCAUGCCUACUAUCGCCACAAAGUCAAUGAAUUUAAGGAGGGGAAAGCUCAAGAGCCAUCUGCAGCAGUGCCCAAAGUUAUGCAGCAGGCUAUGCAACAGUCCCAGCAGCUUCCUCAGAAAGUUCAGUCACAGGUAAUUCAGGAGACAGUGGUCCCCAAAGAACCUCCCCCCGAGUUUGAGUUCAUUGCAGAUCCUCCAUCAAUCUCAGCAUUUGACCUGGAUGUUGUGAAGCUCACUGCCCAGUUUGUUGCUCGCAAUGGCCGCCAGUUUCUCACUCAGCUCAUGCAGAAGGAACAGAGGAACUACCAGUUUGACUUUUUGCGACCACAGCACAGCCUUUUCAAUUACUUCACCAAGCUGGUGGAGCAGUAUACUAAGAUUCUGAUCCCUCCCAAAGGCUUACUGACCAAACUCAAGAAGGAAGCCGAGAACCCAAAAGAGGUUAUGGACCAGGUAAGGUACCGUGUUGAAUGGGCAAAGUACCAGGAGCGCGAGAGGAAGAAGGAGGAGGAGGAAAGGGAGAAGGAACGAGUAGCAUAUGCCCAAAUCGACUGGCAUGACUUUGUAGUGGUCGAAACGGUGGACUUCCAACCUAAUGAACAAGGCCACUUCCCACCACCUACCACACCAGAGGAGCUCGGCGCUCGCAUCCUGAUCCAGGAGCGCUAUGAGAAGUUUGGAGAGAGUGAGGAGGUUGAGAUGGAAGUGGAGAGCGAGGGUGAAGAUGAUGAGCGGGAGGAUAGGGGUGAAGGCCAGCCUUCACAGCCUGAUCAAGACACACAAGUGCAGGACAUGGAUGAGGGAUCUGAUGAUGAUGAUGAUGGCAUGAAGGCUCCACUGCCACCAGACACCCCCAUGCCACCUCCACUGCCUCCAACUCCAGAUCAGGUUAUCAUUCGCAAAGACUACGACCCCAAAGCAUCCAAGCCUCAGCCCUCAGUUGCAGUUCCAGACGAGUACCUCAUCUCUCCCAUUACCGGUGAGAAGAUCCCGGCCAGUAAGAUGCAAGAGCACAUGCGUAUCGGUCUGCUGGAUCCACGCUGGCUGGAGCAAAGAGACCGCAGCAUCAGAGACAGACAGACUGAGGAUGAAGUUUAUGCUCCUGGUUUGGAUAUCGAGAGCAGCUUGAAACAGCUGGCUGAGAGGCGUACUGAUAUCUUCGGUGUGGAAGAGACGGCCAUCGGUAAAAAGAUUGGAGAAGAAGAAAUCCAAAAGCCAGAGGAGAAGGUUACCUGGGAUGGCCACUCUGGAAGCAUGGCUCGUACACAGCAGGCAGCACAGGCCAACAUCACCCUGCAAGAGCAGAUAGAAGCCAUUCACAAGGCCAAAGGACUGGUGGGAGAGGAUGACACUAAAGAGAAAAUUGGUCCUAGCAAGCCAAGUGAAAUUCAUCACCAGCCACCCAUCCCCUCCUCUGCACCCAGUUUGCCUAAACCUAGUCCCCCUGUCACAGCGGUGCCUCGCCCACCCUCCUCUGUGGCACCACCAGUACGCACCACUCUCUUGUCUGCUGUACCUGUAAUUCCGAGACCCCCUGUGGCUCCUGUGGUGCGUCUUGCACCAGGACAAGUUAUUACCUCAAUGCCGCCCAUGAUUCCUGCUCCCCGCAUUAACGUGGUUCCCAUGCCACCUUCUGCGCCUCACAUCAUGGCUCCCAGACCACCUCCCAUGGUUGUUCCAGCCCCAUUUGUUCCUGCUCCACCUGUGCCACAGCCACCAAGUGCUGCUCCAGCACCACCUGUCCACCCACCCCCACCUCAUGAGGAUGAGCCUGUCAGUAAGAAGAUGAAGACUGAGGAUAACCUGAUUCCGGAGGAGGAGUUCCUUCGUAGAAACAAGGGUCCAGUGGCUGUUAAAGUACAGGUUCCUAACAUGCAGGACAAGAGUGAAUGGAAGCUGAAUGGCCAGGUGCUGAAUUUCACUGUCCCAGUCACAGACCAGGUGUCUGUCAUUAAAGUCAAAAUCCAUGAAGCUACAGGCAUGCCGGCAGGAAAACAGAAGUUGCAGUAUGAGGGUAUUUUCAUCAAGGAUUCCAACUCGCUGGCUUACUACAACAUGAGCAACGGUUCGAUCAUUCACCUGGCACUGAAGGAGAGAGGUGGAAGAAAGAAGUGAGCCAUCCUUGCAGAAAGAAGACAUGAUUUUUUUGUUGCUUUUUUUUGUUGUUGUUUGUUGUGUCAUAAAAUUGUAAUUUUUUGUUUGCAUUAUAUGGCAUUUUUCAUACAAUUGUGUGCAAACAACAUGUCCUCUUUAAAGGUUAAAAGAAUAAUACUCUGGAUAGCAGUCAUGAUUUCACACUUGCUUCAGUCUUUUUCUUCCCUGUGAUGCACAUUAAGUGGUAAUUUGUAAGAACAUGUAGAGCCCACGAGAUUCAUUAAUUGAAAUAAAGGAGUUUUAAAAAGUC